AUGUCCGCCGCCUGUAUCUUCUGCAAAAUCAUCAAGGGGGAUAUCCCCUCGUUGAAGAUCUUCGAGAGCUCGAAGACACUCGCAUUUCUUGACAUCGGACCUCUGAGCAAAGGACAUUCUCUCAUUAUUCCCAAAUACCACGGCGCAAAACUGCACGAAAUCCCCGAUGACCAGCUCGCCGAGGUACUGUCAGUAACGAAGAAGAUCGCGAUCGCACAAGGUGUGGAAGACUACAACAUCUUGCAGAACAACGGAAGGAUUGCGCAUCAGGAGGUGGACCAUGUGCACUUCCAUUUGAUUCCCAAGCCAAACAAGGAGGAAGGAUUGACUGUUGGGUGGCCUACCAAGCCGGCGGAUAAAGAUGAGUUGAAGAAACUGUUGGAGGAGAUCAAAUCGAAGAUGUGAGGGGUGGGUGGGCGAGACGCAGGAGAAGUCUGACUUCACAAUGCAAUAUAACCAUUGCAUCGCAAUAGCGAAGGAGAAAUUGAAUUCUCGAAAGCUUUCCUUCUGAGAUAUUGUGUCUAAUGACCCUUGAA